AUUUUACUUUGCAAAGGAUGCAAGGAGGUUGUGAAAUGGGUGAAAAAAAAGCUUGGACCAACGAAGACUGUCGAGGCCAUUAAGAAAAAUCUGAAAGCUGUCUGUGAUAAUCUGCGGUGGAUGAAAUCAAAGUGCCACAAGGUUGUGGACUCACACCUUAAUGCCUUGAUCAAGGAGCUGAUGACCACUGACGAUGUGAGAACAAGCUGCGUCAAAAUAAAAAUGUGCAAGCCAAAGGAGCAGCUGGACAUGAUCUUCUAUCCAAACAAAGAAGAAUCCCGACGCAUCACCAUCAUUGAAGUCCCCUGACAUCCUGUGCAGCCAUGAAAACCAGAAACAUAAAUGUAGCUUUUAAGUGCAAGGCUAACAGCCCCAGUGAUUGCAUUCAUGUGAACAUAAACCUUUCUUAACUUCC